AUGUUAGCAAAUAAACGAUGGUUAGAAGGACCUGAGUUCUUGUGGAAGACCGAGCAUUAUUGGCCGACAAUGAUAGACGUACCACCUUUGGUAAAUGAAGACCCUGAAGUUAGAAAGGAGAUGAAAAUUUAUGUCACAACAACUAAUGAUGAUUGCCUGCUGAAGUUACUGCAACGAUAUUCGUCUUGGUGGUGUUUGAAGCGAUCGGUUGCCUGGCUCUCUCGAUACAAGCAGUUCUUAAAGAUGAAAGUGCACCAAAGAAAGGACGGUGUUGAUAUAAUGAAAAUGAAACCUGGCUAUUUACGACUUAAAGAGUUGAAACAAGCAGAGAUAGACAUUGUUCGUUAUGUUCAGUCUAUGUCAUUUCCCGAGCUGGUGAAUUUAGAAGCCACUUAUCAUCUUUCAGAUAAAAGGUCUAAGAAGAAGAGUUUAAAGAAUAUCAAGACGUCGUUAUACAAGUUAAAUCCGUUGGUAAAAGACGGCUUAUUGGUUGUAGGAGGACAACUCAAGAAAGCACAGAUUAAUGAAGAGUCAAAACACCCGAUAAUCCUUCCGUAUAAGCAUCACGUGACAAACCUUAUAAUUCAGCAAUACCAUCAUAUGGUUGGUCAUAUGGGUCAGGAAUCUGUGCUAGCGUCAUUAAGAGAAAGAUUUUGGUUCAUAAAGGGACGAUCGGCAGUUCGCCAAGCUAUUCGAAGAUGUAUUGACUGUCAGAAGAGAAAGAAACCACCAAGUGAACAAUUUAUGGCGGAUCUGCCUCGAGAUAGAUACGAACAACGUUCGUUGGAAUUGACUAUUUUGGGCCAUUGGAGGUGA